CAAAUUUGGAAAAGAUUUUUAAUAGGAUUCAGACUAAGACUCUUUAAAAUGUCUAAUUUAUUUCCUUCAAAAGCUCACACGUCUGUUUUUAUUUCUCUUUUAUAAUUUACGCCUUCUCUCUCUCUCUCUAUCCAAGUAUCAAUGACGGCUCUCUAUCACUCUUAUUAGUCAGCUAUUCAAAUCCUUUCCUCUUGAACCGUAUAGGGUAAUGGAAACCUAGUUGAGAGAGGAGAAGAAGAUUUGGGAGUGUCAAAGGAAAUGGGGAGCGGCAGUCAGAGAGAUCAUCAUGGGCCAUGGAAGCCGUUGUUGUUUGUGCGAUGAAAGAUCUUUGCAAGUACUUUGAGCCUGGAAGACACGUUAAAAUAAUAUCUGGUUCAUCUAAAGGUGCAACAGAUAGAGGAAGACGUAGAGGUGGAAGAGGGCAUGAUGCUUUAAUUGGAGCUGGUGUGAAAAUUCGUCGUGGCCCAUACAAAGGUUGUAAAGGGCGCGUUGUUGAUAUCAAAGGAAUGUCAGUUCGAGUUGAACUGGAAGCCCCGAUGAAAGUUGUUACAGUUCAUCACAACCAUAUUUCGGAUAAUGUUAACGUGUCAACGCCAUUCAGGGAACCAUCUAGAUAUGGUUUGGGAAGUGAAACACCAUCACAUCCUUCAAGGACUCCACUCCACCCAUUUAUGACACCUAUGAGAUAUCCUGGAGCAACACCUAUCCAUGAUGGCAUGAGGACGCCAAUGCAUGACAGAGCAUGGAUUCCGAGGACUCCACCAAGGUAUAUUGUAUCACUGUUGAGAAUAAGCCAAAUGGCUUAAGGUUUUGAAAAUAGAAGAAGUGAAAGCCAUGUAAUCUGCCUAGUUUUUAUUUGACCUGAAACUAACUGAUCUCAGGUUGGAGUAAACUGACUCCUGAAAGUGGUGGGCUGGAUAUGAUGUCAUCUGUAGGAGGUGUGUCCCCUAUUCGACACAAUAGUUUGUCUUUGGAAUUUGGAAUAACUGAUAACUUAUAAUAAUAUGUUACUGAAAAAUUCAAAUCAGAAACUUCUUACUCUAUUGAGCCAGUAAAUUGGUGAUCUAUGCAGCAUUUAGAUAUUUUACUCAUAAUCUCUUGCAUUCUAGCAAAAGAAAACAUUUUAUUGAGAUCAGAUCUCUUCCACUUUGCAAGUGAUGAACUUUUGUGCGUUGUAAUUCUUGUUCUUCAUACUUCUUAAAUCAAUGUUUUAGCGUGUAAGUUUUGUCCAUAUGUUUUUUGGUAUUUGUAGAGUGUGUUCAGUAGUAUAACAUUGCAGUAUCAGAUUGAAAUUUGAAUGCGUCUUUUAGCUUUAUGAGUUCAAUUUUUUUCAUAUUCGAGAAUGAUUUUUGUUGAUAAUUAUUGUCAAAGUUACUUAAAUACUAGUCAAAAUUACAAUGGUGGGGGAUGCAAACAAGUCCGAACAGUUGCUUCUUUACAACUCGAAGCUCAGGCAUAGAGGAGCCUGAGUGGAAUGACCUUUAAUGCUGUUCGUUAUUACAAUUUAUCUUACUAUUAUUUAAGCUCUGAGUAUGUAAUCCAAUAUACCUGGAAUCUCUCCGAAAGUUCUAUACUACUAAUUUCUUCGUCAUUGGCUUGUGCUUUAUUUGUUGCAAUGUAGGAGAGUUGCAUGAAAAUGCCUGAUGUUAAUGAUGAUAUACUCUGUAGUCAAGUGUCUGCGCUGAAUGUAAUCAUCAUAUCAUUGUAACUGGGUUAGCUUGAAAAUACAAUUACUGUUAAAAAAAAUAAGA